UGUUACGAGAUGGAUCGUUACCUGAAGGACGAGCCUCGGGUGAAAGGUGGCGGCCGUAAGCUGGGCAACUGUGAGAUCGACGCCCCCUGGCAAGCCUUCUACGAGGACUGCGGCCACGACUCCCCUCAGCAGCCUUUACGUAUCUACACCAAGCUUGGAAGACCUAUCAAGGGUCGCAAUCCCCGCCUUCUGGUGAAGUUCAAGGCAGAGGCCCUCAACUCCGAGCUCAACAUUAAGCGGGAAAACUUUGACCGCGAAUCCUGCAAGACUGAGCCUCUUGACGACGAGGUCACCAUCAAGCACGAACCUUUGGAGGACCUCGAUGACCCAUUAAGUCAGGACGACCUAUGUGGCUCAGAGCGAUCCCUAGAUUCUGUGUCUGUGUCCUCCUCUUCCUCCGCCUGUUCUCUCGCCUCAUUGGAGGGUGACCUAGAUGCCCCUGUUAGUGUAGGGGAGCAGAGCCCCACCCGCGGACGAUCACUCGUCUCCUGGGCGUCGUCAGAAGAUAUGGUGACGGACGCGCGGCUAGACUCCGGUGCGCGACGAGGGUCCAGCACGUCAUUCUUCGGUGCGACGAAACUCCUGACAGCCAAGUCAGCGCCCAACAUAGCCACACUGACACCACCCUCCUCCCCGGAGACCUCGCCCGUCACACAUACCCACACACUCCUCAAGGUUCACUCCCGCUCACAAGUGCCAAAGUUUAUCUCCUUCGCCACCUCCUUGCCCCUCAAGACGAGUAGCAGCAACAGCAGCAGUAGCCUGACUAUGGGCGUGCGAGGCAUGAGUGUGGGCGUACACCCGCGGGCGGCAGACACCUCCCCGGACGCCAAACGUCGGGUGCACAAGUGUCUCUUCCCCGGCUGCAAGAAAGUCUACACCAAGUCCUCGCACCUCAAGGCCCACCAACGUACACAUACCGGUGAGAAGCCUUACCGGUGUUCGUGGGAAGGCUGCGAGUGGAGGUUCGCCCGCUCUGACGAACUCACACGUCACUUCCGGAAACACACGGGAGCAAAGCCCUUCAAGUGCCACCACUGUGGCCGCUGCUUCUCCCGCUCUGAUCAUCUGGCACUCCACAUGAAGAGGCACCAGUGAGGUCGGCCUGUGUCUCCGUUGACCUCCCAUCCCCGCCAGCAGCCUCGGAUGACCCAGCACAACAGGACCAGCACAAGAGCGCACUAGCUUGACCUCUGUCGACGUCAGCCCCACCGUGUCUUGCUUUCCGUGGCUGGCCUCACCCUUGACCCUUUCUCCCGUUCUCCCCAUAUAAGCAUGGACGCCAGCAGUGAGCCAAGCGUGACCUUUGACCCCCACCAGAGUGACUUGAGAUGUGAGUGAGGGAAGCUAAAGAGGUCUCGACAAGAGCGGCGCUCUAGGCCCGACACAAUGCAAACUUGGAGAAAAAUAGAAGGUUUCCUGAACAAUCCAGAUUUUAGAAUGUACAGAUUUAUUCCUUUGGUAGAGGAAGCAAAGUUAUGCUAUAAGUGAAUGUAUGUAAAAAAAUGGAUUUUAUGGUAAUAUAUCAUGCGUUGAAAAGGUGCGAGAUCCUGUUAGAGGGAAAAUGGAUGGUAAACAGAUAUGACUGAUAACUGAAAAAAAUGGGAUAAGGAUUGUCCCCAGAAACUCGUGUUAUUUUGUGUACAGUGUAGAAUGUAAGGAUGAAAAUCACCAGGGUCGUGGUGACGUAGUGUAGUGAUUAAAAAAAAAGAUAAUUAAACGUUGACGUAUGUGAGUGGUUGCCUUCAAACAUACCAGUGAUCAUUUUCUUUGUAUACAUGGAUUUUAUUCAUUCUAUGAAAAGUCACUAGAGCUCCAUGGCUGCAAAGCAAAGAAAAAAUACAAAAAAAAUACAAAAAAAUACAAAAAAGAUAAGAAAAAGAAAAUGAUCUAUUUGUUGUCUUCUUCUCUUUUUUAUAUUUGAAUUUCAGGACAGAAAGUAACCACAGUUUUAAGUUAAAUGAAAAAAAAUGCUAGAUUUUAUCUUGAAAUGUACAAAACGUCUCCAUGUAUCGGUAAGGAUGCAUACUGUGUACUGUUGUAAUACUGAUGUCUAGCGCUGUACAUAAAAUAUUAAUGUAAGGAUUCUGUACCACUGCCAUGCUACUUGAGGCACGGAAAUUAUCAAGUGUGUGAUCGUGGUAACUCCUGAGUCUACCGCCACUCACCAUAACAAAAAAAAAACAGCUGACUGACCUCUUAAUGGAAAUAUCAACCAUAGUAAGGAUUACGACCUUGUGACUGAGGUCCUGUGUGAAAAAUCGGUUUAUACUGGCGUUAUCCCAUGUUUAAUUCACGAGUUACUUGCUGUAUUUUAAGCUUCGAAAGGAGUGUGAAGCUUCUCUGUACCAAGCUUUAGCAGCCAAGAAGCUCAAAGCUGAUAAUCGCCAGCAUUGACCUUGCCAUACAAGCCUCAGCUCCAGGGUUCGCAGAUCAGGCAGAAGAAUCAUGUAUAAGGAGGUGACAAACUUAUUAUGACUUCAAGUGUCUCGCUACUCCAUCUCUUACACAUGUGACGCCGGCUUUGACUCCUUCAUUCAAAAAAAGAUUGUGUUUCUAGAUAUCAAUGACAGUCCUCGAAAGCUCGCUGGUUAACAUUUCCUUGCGCCAAGAUUUACAUAUUAUGAUUUCCAUCGAGUCAUAAGUGCUGAUGAACACGUGAAAACAACUUAAUUUUUACCUGAGAUUCUGUUAUGGUUCGCAUCGCGAGGACUUUGAUAACAGCCAGCGAAAGUAUAAAUGUAAAUAUUACAAAACAAUUUCGUUCUGUGGCUUCUUAUAAACAUGAUAGUAAACAUUACCUCGACAGUGUUAGUACAAGAUACUAAACGUUAUCUUCCGGGAUCGCAGGACGAUAUUAGUUCAGUAACCCCGUUGUCAGAAAUGCUUCCAAAAAACAAACAGGGAAGACGAGAAACGUGCGAGCCUCUCUUACAUACGGCACGGCGCCAGACGAUGGAUUUCAGGCGAUGUAACUAAAUCCAUAAACCCACACGACGACGAAAAUUAAGAUUAGGAUUAACUAGUAGUGUGAGAAGCUCGGAACAGGAAGCGAGAAAUCUGUUACCAUGAAGAGUGAAAUAUGUUAACAACUAUGUUACGAGCUUCAGUCACAGAACGUGAGACAUCACAGAUGACAAGACUACAGAGGUGAACAAAAACAAAACAAAAACUAUAUCAGCCAAAGACAAAAGAGCAUCAAAAUGUGAAAAAAACCAUAUAUUAUCAAAACACGAAGCCGGCGCUCAAUCUGCAACUCUCAGAAUACCAUUCCAUUCCCGUGCCCUGCCCAAAGUGUCCUUUUUGUAUUGCAGAAUAUUUUUUCCUUACGCUCAUUUAUUCAGUCAAAUGGUCGCUAGUGACAACAAUAUUAUAGUAUGUGAUUCGUAAUUCAAAUAUUUAUUUGAUAUUUAGAAUUUCCAGUGAAGUAGUAAUGACGUACAAGAAAAUUUUUCCUAACAUGAAUUUAGGAUAAAUAUGAAGUAAAAGUCAAUUAUAUAUCACUAAUCGUAAAAAAAAAAGAAACAUACUGUAUAUGCAGUAAUUAUUCACACGUUUCUAUACAGUUAUUUUUGUAUUUUUUUAAUUUCGUAUCCUUUAGGUCAACAUAAAACAAGAACUCCGACAUCCUGUUAAAAAAAUGCGAGGAAAUUUUAGGACACAAGGCUGCAACCCUCACUGAAAGUUACCCAGUUCUACAAUGGUGCUAAAGCUAUCUUAUACCUCAAUGCCUCCGUGCGUUUCACCACCGGUGUCUCUGGCAAAAAUUGUCAAUGUGAUCAUGAAGAAUAUAUAUAUAUAUAUAUAUAUAUAUAUAUAUAUAUAUAUAUAUAUAUAUAUAUAUAUAUAUAUAUAUAUAUAUAUAUAUAUAUAUAUAUAUAUAUAUAUAUAUAUAUAUAUAUAUAUAGAUGAAAAGAUAAUAACCUGGUGGCCUCACUCGUAGAAAUAUGUGACCAGCUUAAGAAAAUAUUAAAGAACAUACACACAGCAGGUAUUUUCGAUUCGAUUCAGUGAGACAAAUUCAGUGUUAUGAUUCAUUCUCGGAAUAAUAGUGUUGACAAGAUGGUCGACAUAACGAAAAGUAACAAAGCAGAAACUCCUUGGUGAAUGGCAGUGAAAUUAUCACUCCAGACGGAAGAACAGGUACAGAUAGAAUGUUGAGUCAAUGGCAUCUUAAACAGCAGUGAUCUGACAUUUAUUAUGGCCUAAGACCAAACUCAGUUAAUCGUGGAUAACGUAAAAGUAUGGUUGAUAAUGUAUAUUUUUUUGCUGUGAAUAUUUGUCUAUCAAAGGGCGCUAAUUACUACUACUACUACUAUAACUACUACCACUACCACUAUUCCUACUACAACUAAGAUUAGCGCUUUUGGUAUUUUCAAGCAAUGACAAACGAGUUAUGACAUCAUGACAAGAGAACAAUACUGACUAAACCAAACAAGAGAUAAAUAAAAUCUCAGAUUCAUUUGUUUCAAGUUUUUGAGACAUCGAUCUAAACGUUUCAAAACAAAGUUUACAUAAUUUGGUAAACAAUCAGUAUCUGGUUUAUCCACAAGAAGAUACAGUUUUAUAUGAAGAGGUAAAUGCGAGAGGGGUAUGUCAUACUACGGCUGGUAAAGGACCUGUGAAGCACGUGUAAAUUCUUAGGACCUAAAAGGGCAAAGUUCCAUCAAUAUUACCAACACAUCACUUGCCAUUCUGUUCAUUGGGGGCGCUCCUGGCUGGCAGACUGUUCAGACACAAUCGGAAUCUUUGAGUACAAAAAAGAAAAACCACAUGUAUUUCAACUUAUAUUUUUUAAUUAGAAUGGAUUCAGUGUAAUUCUUCUAACUUCCAUACCAACUGUAAAUAAAUUACUUUCACGCUAGGGUAAGGACGUGAGGAUCUGACUCUCAAAACAAUAUUACUUUUCUACGUCUUGGAUUCUGACAUGGCUAGCCUCUGAACACUCUGCUCUUUGUGGGCGUAACCUCUGUCUUAGGAUUAAAAGUUAUUUGCGCUGUGACGUAAGGUAAUCUCUGGGGUUCGGUGCAAUAAAGUGUCAUCUCACAAUCUGAGAGUUUAUUGCAAAAAAAAAGACAGACCAAACAAAAGCAACCAUAGGGGCGUUUACCCCCCAAUCCCAACUGUUGAAUAACAAGAUCGUAAUGACCCGAAUGAGUGUGGGCUGCCAUUUUCUUCCCCCGAGAUCCCAGACUUUAGAUUAUAGGUACGUAGCAUUUUAUUGAAUGUAAAAGAUUAACCCCACAUCUUCAGGGGUAGCUUAAGCUUUAACAAAACACCAUCUAGCAUAUACAAGUUCUAUCCUCUCACUCUGUCAUAGUAAUAAAGUAGAUCACCGUAGAGCAGUUGUAAUGAACAGUCUCGCCUCGACACCUCCUCCUAGACGGUACAAAAUGUGGAACAACGUGAUAAUUGGCUUUAGGUGUAGAUUUCUAAAUUGUUCCAUGAUAAACCCCACGAAUUUAUUUUUUACUUUUAUUUAUUUAAGCCUGUGUUAUAUAUACCCUUUGUUACUGAUGAUAUUUUUUUUAGUAUGUUCUAUAUUUAUAUACAGUAUAUCAUUUGUUAAUAAAAUAUUUAUUAUCGUCGAGGUUACACUGUUGUAGUAAACGGAGUCAUACUGUCAACAUAUGGUAGUAAUUUUCAUUAAUAUCGUAGGACAAACUAUAUGUGGAAUCUUCCCCCUAACUGUGAAAACACAUUAAUGUACACAUUUAAAUAAAAAGGAAAGAGUCAAUGAGGCUACAACUCACCAAAUAUCAUUAAAUUCUAGAUAUCUAUAUAAUAUUAGACUCCCCCAUUAGACACCCUAUCACAGCCUGUUAUUGAUAUAAGCGAACGACAAUUGCUCAAUUCGUAGAUGAGACUUGUACGUGCUACUGUUGAAGGUGGUGUGGAGGGGGGAUUACCACUCCUGCUCCAGCCCCUUCCUUCUCCCCCUUUACUUGGGCAUUUAGGGGAAGUCUAUACUCCUCUCUGCCCCCUUUCCCAUUCCCUAUCCCCUACUACUAUUAUUCGGGCAUGUUAGGGACCUCUUAUGUUCCUCUUUGCUCCCCACUCCACUCCCUAUUACUCGGGCAUGCAAAUGUAUGCCUGUCCCUGCACCUAAAAUCCCUACAUUUGUAUGUAGGGGAAUUCUGUAUCCCCCAUUCACCAAUCGGGCAUGGAGGGGAUGUCUGAGCUCCCCUUAUGUCCUCCCCACCCCCCUCCCCAUUUGGAUGUAGAGGGAGGUUCAUUGACCCUUUUUUACCCCCUCCCCCCUGAACACUACAGGGGUACAGAAUGGUCUACCUCCUACCCUCUACCCCCACCCUGCACAUGUCUUAAACUUAACUCCUUCGCGUCGUGUAUCCCAGCUUCCGUGCGGCAAAAGUUUUGGUCUUAUUUUUCAGAGAAACUCUUCUCUGAAAGUUGAAUAUACAUUUUUUUUCGAAUUUGAAACAAAACUCACAUGUAUAUCCCAAUGUACUUUUUGUUUUUUUUCAAUUCGUGCUUUACCAGGAUCUCAUUUACUGCUCGUAAAUUAACAAUAGCAGGUUUUAAUUUGGUUAAAAAAAACAUAGGUAUGUUUUUUCUCUCAUCAUCUCUGGUUGUAAUUUGUUUGAUUUUUUUUACGCGAUAGUGACACUUGAGCAGCGUAUACCUGGGAAUCAAUAGAUACGUUUAAAGGUGCUAUUGCCACUGUGGCUGGGGUUCCCCGCGCUCUUUCUCCUCCGCUAUGUGUAAAUACAGUUCUUCUACUUUUAUUACCUUUUCUACUAAAGAAAAAUAGAAAGGAAUUUACGUUUGUAUUUAAAAUGAAUUCUAAAAGAAAGCGUUUAUAAUUAGAUUCUCUUAGGUAGUGUUCUAUAGAAAUAUAAGGCAUAGGCGUAGUCCUUUAGGAUUGUGUAUUAUGUUUUUGUUUGCCCUGAUUUUAUUGUUAGUUUAUUUGGGAUGCUACAUCGAAAAGCGAUUAAAAAAUUGUGACGGCUUGCCUUUCUUAUUUUACAAAUGGGUACAAUGCUUCAAUGAUAAACUAAAAUGAAGAAGAAUUAUCUAUAUUGCGAGACUGCGCCUGGCGGCAUCACGUCCGGGCAUCUUGUCAAGCUCCUCCCGAAGGUGAAGCUGCUUGGAAAGGCUUUAGAUUGGCUACAGUUAACGUGGGAAGUCGAGGUGAGGUGAUAAAGCAAGCUAAAUGUGUCAUGCCGGAUCAAGCAAGGCGGUGGUCAUGUCAGUCAUGCAAAACUAUAUGUUAUGUCAAUUGAGCAACUCUGUUACUUCGGUUAUGAGAUAGACUACGUCAUGUCACGUUGUCAACUCUGGGGGUUUGAGCCGCACCUCAAGCCAAGCUACCAAGUUCCUCAUCUUGUAGUUAUGAAGAUCGGUAUCUAACUCCCUAUAUAAAAACGGAAAUUGAAAAUAAGAAAAAAGAAAAGGGAAUUGGGAAUGCUGCCACCAUUUUUUUUAGUCUAUGAUAUGAAGUUGUGCUUCCUCUCUGCAUAUCACAUGAUUCUGUUUCUAAGUUUAAGCGUUUUGAAAUCACAUACGAGAUCUAUGGUGGUGAGCAUGGUAGGUACCUUGUGGCUAAAGUGCUAUCAUCAUAUUAGGAGUGUUCAGUUAAGGCCAGGGAUAACUGGAAGAGCACUCUGUUAUGGGACUGGGUCAAAAUAAUACUGUAGUCUUCAAGUAAAGGCUUGGGUGCAUUAUGAGUACUCAAUUGAGAGUCUGAUUCUCAUUAUAGGCGUACAUCAAAGAGUUUGCAUCACGUUUAGAACACUAUGUUAAGGAUUUGGAUCCCAUUAAGAGUAAACAACAAAUAAUUCUGAUUACAGUAAUAGUACUCAAGUAUAUUGGUUAGAGAGUCUGAGUACUAGAUACUACAGGGCUAACUGUAGGUAAGGGAGGAGCUUGGUACUUGGCUGGAGACAUAGGCAAGGACAUCCAUGAGCUCAGCAUAACAACGACAAAACCGCUUGCCAACCUCACCUACUUGACUACUCCUAAUCAGUGACAAAUGUUACAUGUUUGUAGAAGGACGCUGAAACUAUGUGGAAUUUUUGACAGUUCUGUGAUGUUUAGAAAUUGUUAAGAAUCCUUUAGUGAAAAACAAAUACGAGCGAGGGGGAUUGUAAAGACUUGGAUAGCGCCUGUUAAUGUUAUUCAUUAUUCCUACCUAUAACAACUUAUUUUAAUGGACGAAUUCAGGUGCUGUUGAAAAGUCUCUAUAAUCGUCUUUCUCCAGUAGCUUUGUUUUUGUAGGAAACAUUAGAUUUAGAAAGUGUCUAGGGUCAGUUUUAUUAUUGUUUUUCUUUUUUUUCUUUGCCCUCACUGACCUUUAUAUAAACAACAACAACUGUAUGUGUCCUUCUAAUGGUUACUGUGUUGGUGCUCCCGGCGCCUAAACUGAGGAAGAGAGUGUGUGUGUGUGUGGGAAUUUAGGCAUGAAGGCCUCGGAGUUUCAUGUUAUUUGGACUUGUACCCUUAGGACUUGCAAGACAGGCAAGAUAGGAAUCAAAAUGUAUUCACACUCUUUUUAGGAAUUGCAUAAACAAAGAAGAAAACAUACUUUUCUGAGAUGCUUUAGUGCUGUAUCAUAUAUAUAUAUUUUACAUUUGUAUACAUGAAAGUGAAAUACCAAAAAAAAAUAUAUCGCUUUUAGCCAACGGAUUGUGAGCUCCAGGUGUAUGAAAUUUUAGUGUUGAAUCCCAUGGAGAUCGUAAACAAACUAUUCUUCGACAGUAAGACAAAGAAAAUGAGACUUAUGGCCGAUGUCUGCAUGAGUGACAUUGGCGUGAUGUGACGGGGGGUAGCAAACUCCUGUACAGGCCGUGCUAAUAGUCCAAGGCGACGCUAGACAAGCAUUGUUCCCAAAGACUUUUAAAAACAAAAAAAAGCUUAAUUAGAUGUUUGUUACUGAAAACAAAAAUUAAGACAAGAUGCGCAGUGUAAAAUGUUUACAACCAAUGAAAAGCUGUGGUAAAGUGAUUACAUUGUAAUAAAAAAGCAUUAAAAUGA